UCCAGAAGGCGACGAUCCCAAUGCCCAUGCCCGCCUCCGUUACAAAGCUCCGACCCAUCAUCCAUCGUCCAUCACCAGUGCGGUAUACACCCCGGUUGACUAGCGCUGAUUUGCUCCCUCUCCAGCUCCGGCUCCCAGAUCGAGACGGCGGCGGCGGCGGCGAUGGGCGCCCACCCUUACGUGCCGGCGAGCCUGGACCUCCCGGGCUACGUGCCGCUGCGCCUCACCCAGCUCGAGAUCCUCGGGGCCUACCUCGGCACCUCCCUCUUCGUCCUCGUCGCCGUCUGGCUCCUCUCCGGGAGAUGCCGCAGGUUGUCCGGCACCGACCGCCUGCUCAUGUGCUGGUGGGCGUUCACCGGCCUCACCCACAUACUCAUCGAGGGCCCCUUCGUCUUCACCCCCGAUUUCUUCACCAAGACCAACCCCAACUUCUUCGACGAAGUCUGGAAGGAGUACAGCAAGGGUGACUCCAGGUACGUCGCCAGGGACACCGCCACCGUCACCGUCGAAGGAAUCACGGCCGUGCUGAAAGGCCCUGCCUCGCUGCUCGCAGUCUAUGCCAUUGCAUCACGCAAGUCCUACAGCCACAUCCUCCAGUUCGCCGUGUGCCUCGGUCAGCUCUACGGAUGCAUCGUCUACUUCACCACCGCCUACUUGGACGGCUUCAACUUCUGGGCCAGUCCGUUCUACUUCUGGGCAUAUUUCAUCGGCGCAAACAGUUCAUGGGUUGUGAUACCGUUGCUGAUCGCCACAAGGAGCUGGAAGAGGAUCUGCGCAGCGAUUCAUCAAAGUGAGAAGAUCAAGACUAAGUAAUUCCUGCAGCAGACAGGAUUUGGUUGCAACCAGGACACACUGAACUUCUUAUUUUACGGCUAGAAAUUUGUUGGCUUAUAUUGUACCCUUUGCAAACUACAUUGCCUGAAACAAGUAUGUUGUACUACUGGAUUGUGUUGUAACAUCAAGGAGGGCGGCUGUUUAUUGCUGCAAAUGAAAAUUAUAUGCCACCCUUGCAUGGGCAAUCACCAUUGCACAUACUAUCAGGCAACUAGUAGUAAGAGGCCGGGUGUUGCUCAUUAUACUUUGUAUCCGAUUGAGACUAUAUUUUGAGUUAAUAAAAGCACCUUUUAUUUGGGGAAAAAAA